CCUAUCGGCCCUCACCUCUGCACCUGGCUCCAGUGAGGAGCUGUGACACCUCAUACAGCUCGUUAUUUAGCUGCAGGAAAACAGCUGGCUGCCCUGACAUCACAGCUACUGAUGCCUGCUUUGACUGCUUUAUUUAGUCAGUCUGGUGUUUGUGUAAGGACAAUUACUGUUCCAUCCAAACAGACCUUUUAUUAUCUGACACAUUAAGUGCGCAAACAAAAGUUUAACUGUAAUUACAGUCCUGCUGCAGUCUACUUGGAUCUAGUUAAUAUCUAGAAGAGUUGUGCUCUUGUUGCGCAGGUGAGCUGGACUCACCCCUGCAGUAAUGAACCGCAGCAUUUCUGUAAUGAGCUGCAGAGCAAACAAUGGUUUCUGUGGGAUAUCUAGAAUCUAAAAGCACCUCUGCUCCCCUUUGCUUGCUGCUCUUUGAGGCUUCUCAUGCCCAACUGGUCUCCAGUCUGUCUGCACUUCAUUAAAACUUUUUAUUUUAACUGGACGCUCUAGUUUAACGUUAUUGCACCUGGGGAGGGUGCACGUGCGGAGGCUAUUAGGUUAAGGGUUUGAUUAAACGCGCAUCGUAACCAUUUUCAUCAGGGAGCGGGAAUAUUGCUCCUCAUGCUGCAUCCAGGUCAGCUGCAGCUGCUGUGCCACCAAAUUAAAAAUACAGACACAACAAGCGAGUGCUGUGCAUACUUCUGCACAGAUUUAUUCUGUUUACAUGUGUACAUGUGUGAACACGCUUGUACUCCUGUUAUUUUGCAAAGAAGGGAGAGAAAAAGGGGAGGAAGCUUAACAAUUCCUCAAAUGAACAAAUGAAACAUCAAAUUAGUCCGCCUGAGGGCCUCAUUUUUUGUACUUCUACAUUAUAACUAGUUAUUGAACUAGGUGCACGAUCUGAAAGCCAUUUGUGGGGAGAAGGAAUUCAUUGCUGUCUCUCCAUCAAUAAUCCUUGGCAGUGAACUAUUGGAAGCAGUCAAACGCGAGGGGUGAAACGCGGGUCAGGCUGUCUAACUAAUAUUAAAAUGCGUCCGCCAGAGCGCACGAGGAGAGAGGCGAGAGUGGUGUGUGUGCAGCUUGCACAACAAACAGCGUGUAUCUAGAUGAGCACUUAACAAAGCCAAAUGAACAUGAGUGGGGAUUUUUGGUGCAGUUUCCACUUCAGUUCACAGCGUGUGCGUAAAUGCAAAGAAAAAAAAGUCUAUGGAUUGAUACCCACAAUGCACUCGGAGAAAUAUGUAGAUAGAGAUGUUUUUUGACAGUGUCUGUAUCCCCCUGUGCAUUUCCACUGUAAUCAAUUCCAUUGAUUCACAAUCCGAGCAUGUUUGCUGUUUUUAAUAACCCCCCGAACAGGUCACAUGUCUGAUAUUGCAUUUUUCAUCCGAGGCUUUUCUCAUUAGCUCUCGGAGUGGCAGGAAGCAGGGUUACCGAGCGGUCAGUAUGGUAAUGGCGAGCACAAGAAAUGGUUGGGAACAAUAGAAACUUAUUUUUCAUCUGUGCUGUCACGCCGUCCCUUUGUACGCGCCGUGUUUGUGCCUGAAUAUUCAUAUAGGAGCUACCUCAAAGGCGCAGGGUGAAUAUGUGGAGAAAGGGGAGCCUCUUAUCCUUUACGCACAGCGUUUUUGUGUGCAGGCAUAUUGGUGUACUCUAUUUUUAAUUAGAAACCAUGUUUUAGUAUUAUCUGUGAUUGUUUUCUCCUCUUUUCUUGGCACAGCUUUGUGCGUAAUUUCUUCCUCUUUAUCCUUUAAACGCAUGCCAAUCUAAUCCAGACAUAACCUGCAGAAAGCUUUGCCUGAGAGAUCCUCCUUUCCAGCUGCUAACCUUAAACUCAUUAGUUGUCUAUAUGUACCCUGUAGAACCGAAUUUGUGUGAAGUCCAAACAGUCGCAAAUACGUCUCUACAGGAAUACAUGGGCAACUGAAAUACCACGCCAGUCAGCCCGUGGAUUCUCCUGCUUGUUUCUGCUCCUCUAUCUCUGGCUUUCCUCUCGCUUCUGCAUACAAACACAUCCAUCCAGGCUCGAGCAUCCCAAUAACGCUGUCACAAAGUGUAUUCACAGCGCAGACAGCCGUGGAUUGUGCAGGCAGGUUUAGGCCACAGAGAGUGGAGCCAUGUGUGCAGUGUGGAGGCUACUACUGUGUCAGAGCCUGUAAAACACGUUAGGAACCAGGGGUCGUUUAAAAGUGACUGAUUUACGGCUUUUAUUGCUCUAUAAAACGCCUCUAACAUCCUCGCGAGGGCUAAUAGAAAUGUCGCGCGCAUUCUGUACAAACAGGAAGGCCAGAAAUGCCAUUGCGCGUCACUUUUAGCCAUAUUAUGUAAUUAUUUCUCUGGUUAUGGAUGCAUGAGUCAAGUUUUUGUUUUCAGCUGUUUCCCAGAGAUGGACUUGGGUUUGUCUGCGAGUGGGAGGACUUUUAGUCGUUACUUUAUUCCUGUUAUUGUAAUCUUUGGACAUUUUUCAACCUGAUAUUUUGGCAUUUUGCCCCAAACACUAUCCUAGCAAUAAAUCAUGUCCUCUAUCCUAUAUGUAUAUGAUAUAUUUAAGAAUAUAACAGUGGAAGAAACUGAAUCAGGAUGUUGUGUGAAGGCUGCUUUCUUUUUCUCUGACCACAGCAGAGUGUGAGAUUUGGAAUGGAAGCAUACAACAGCACAUGACAAGUUUAUACAGCCAGGCAGGAUCAGUUUACAGAGGAAUAGCAGACCUCCAGUGAUGUGCAGGAGAGAUGGUGCUUUUGCAAUGGAAAACGUGUAACAUUUGGUGGCUGUUUCCAACAGGCAGCUAGGCUAAGCCAGAUUUGAAACUGAUUUUUAUUCACAUAGGUAAACAUGCUAUCACAGGUUGAAACAAAGUGUGUAAAAAGUGAUUUUUCUGCACAUGAUGUGUAUUUUCUACAUCCAUGGCAUGUCUUUUCUUGUACUUUGACUGGAGCUUGUAUUCACUGGUGAUGUGGUAACAUGUGAUAAUGAUCAAGCUUCUUAUUUAGACCACAACAAAAGGCGUAACUUGUCUAGCAAGACAAAGCAGGAGAUAAGGACACUCAGUGUUGGAAAAACAGAGUCAGGAGCAGAAGCAGCAGUCUGUUAUCUGAAAGAGCCUCAUUAGAAGAAAAAAUAUAUAAUUUUUAUGUUUUUGAAACUAAAAGAACAAAAUCCCUUUAUUUGAUAAGAGCACAGAUCAUUUUUUUCUUCUAUUCCUCUGUUGUUGCAGUAACCAAAUGUACCAUAACACCUAUGUGACUCAUAUGAUGAUCAUAAUGUUCUGAUACUGUGAUCUUUGACUCCAUAAUGACACUGGUCCCAUCCUCUGGAUGUAUCAUCUUAAUGGUUGGGUCCUGCUGCUGACUGGUCUGUGACAUCAUCAUGAUGCUUGGUGGGACUGCAGAGCUGUGCUUUACUUUCACUGUGGUCUUAUUGGGUUAGUCUGGUCCCGGGACACCUAUGUGGUCUGAGAAGUGUAGCUGCUGUUUCUAGCUAAUUAUAAUAAUAAUCAAGUUAAUGUAGACCAGGGGUGGGCAACUGGUGGCCUGGGGGCCACAUAUAGCCAUCCACUUCACUCAACAUGGCCCCCAAGUCAAUUUCGCUACUAAAACAUUGCAGAUUUAAAGAUACAUAUUUUGGGCAUUCCUUUAUUCAUAGAGGAGGAUAGUUGAUGGAGUGAGAAACAGAGAUGAGAGAGAGACAUGCAGGAAAGCAGCCACAGGCUGGACCUGGACAGGCUGCUUACAUACAUGGGGGCACACCUUAAACCACUAGGCCAUCUGUGCCCCAUAAAUUGCAAAUUUAAAGAAAACAUUACAAAAUCUACAAUAAAAAUGGAAACAUUUCUCUUAUAAUCUUUGAUUAUUGGUAAGUGUUGAUUUUCUGAAAAAUACUAGGUCUAAUUGGCUGCAAUUGUUUAUAUGCAUCACUAAAUGCACAAGUGAAAAAGCAAAAUAUAUUAAAAUAACAAAUAAUGAUCAUGUGCACUGCAUUGAAAAAGCAGUUUGGAAUUUAUUUAAUUCUGUGUUUAUCUUAUUAAAUUAACUAUCUCUACUGACCAGCUGUUCAGUUGAGAAUAUCUGGCCCCACUGACAAUAAAAUCAGUGCAUCCCUCUUCAGUACCAAAGUUGCCCAUCCCUGAUGCAUUUGGAUAAACCUGACGUUUUAAAACCACAUUUGUGUCACUGUCAUGUAAAAUUAGCGUCCGUGAUCCAGUCCAGCUUUUGAAAUAAUCAAAUACUCCUUACUUCUGUGUCUGUGAUUUUCACUGAAAAGUUGUAGGCUGUGGAUUUCAAAGGGAUAUGAUAUCAAAGUAGACAAAUAUCUCCUCAUGAAGUGAGGGCUUUGAUGAGUUGUCCUGACUCUCUCAUCAUUAUCAGAUGUUCAGGCCUGUUUUCAAACAGCAGCCCCUCCUCCAGACCCCCCAUCUGACAUUUAGCUUCACCAUAAACCUUUUAAAUAUCAGUGCUGAAAUGCUUUUAGAAAUAUCAUCCAAACUGCAGCAGUCUUAAGUGUAUUAAUGGAGCGUAAUGUGUUUCACAGCUCAAGUGCUGUUGCUAAAGACUUCAUUAAUUAGCUGAUAACCUUUCUAUAAGGGAGCAGGCUAACUAAAUGAUUGCUUUGCUAUUGUUGUGCCUUAUCCUUGGCGAAUCACCUAUUGUCCCUUUGAAUAAUUGAGACCAGUGGAUUUUGCCUGUUUUAUUUUUUCCUUGGUCAGCAACUAGCUACUAGUUUUGUCCCUAAGAUCAAUUGCGUUGGUAAGACAAGCAGAGAGGGAGAGAGAGAGAGAGUGGUAGAGAGAGGUAGGGACAAAGAGAGAGGGGGAGAGAUUUGUGCCCACAAUGGCGACUGUAGGUAUGCUAAAUACCUCUGGUUCCUUAUCCGGGAACUACCUCUUACUCUGCGAUUGGGCCACUGGGUCACGUGGUAAAAGUAACUUUACAGGGCUGCUCGCAAGUAGGAGGGCUUUAUGGAGCAGAAAAACGACAAAGCUAGAAAAAUUAUUUUCCACUCCAGAAAUUAAUGAUCAUGAGCUCGUAUUUGAUGGAGUCUAACUACAUUGAUCCGAAAUUUCCUCCAUGUGAGGAAUAUUCGCAAAAUAACUACAUCCCCGAGCACAGUCCAGAAUAUUACAGCCGCGCGAGGGACACUGGCUACCAGCAUCACCACCAGGAGUUAUAUCCUCCGCGGGCGAGCUACCAAGAGCGCCAGUAUAACUGUGCAAGCAUCCCUGAACCUGACACGCCACGGGGACAUGGAAUACCCCAAUCUGCGCACCUGCUGACAGGGAAAGGGCAGCCUGCUUCAUGUGAAACCCCACAGUUGUCCAUGUCCCCCGCCACCCCACCGGCCGCCACCUCCGCCUGCAACCAAGCCACCCCGGAGCAUCCUAACAGCACAGCCUCCUCCAAGCAGCCCGUGGUGUACCCGUGGAUGAAGAAAAUUCACGUCAGCACUGUGAACUCGGGGUACAAUGGGACGGAGCCCAAGCGGUCUAGGACAGCUUACACCCGGCAGCAGGUCUUAGAAUUGGAGAAGGAAUUCCACUAUAACCGAUAUUUAACUCGACGGAGGCGCAUCGAGAUCGCCCACACCCUGGUUCUCUCCGAGCGACAGAUAAAAAUCUGGUUUCAAAACCGCAGGAUGAAAUGGAAAAAGGAUCACAGGCUGCCGAACACCAAAGUGAGAUCCUCCUCCUCCUCCUCCGGCUCCAACACAGGCUCUGCAGCCGGCGCUGUAGCCGCUGCCUCGGCCACUAACACAGGGGCCCCCGACGAACUGAGCGGAGCGCAGCAUGGAGAGGACAUUACCAGGUUAUAAACCCACGAGCCAGAAAAAGAACUGGUUAUUUAUAGAACAAUUCUAUAUUUUGUUUUGGUAGCUAUCUUGUGCGGUUUCCUUUAAGUCCAAAGUUAUAUAAAUUGCAUGUUAUAUAGCAUGGAUUACUGCGAACACCGAUGAAUUAUUUUUACGUGACACAGGGUUUAAUUUAUUUGAAGCUCAAUUAAAAUGUUUUUUAUUAAAAAUGUUUUGAAUGAAGGAACAAAAAAAGUAGAAAAAAAAUAUACAUUUUAUCAAAAUGUUAUUGUGGGCCAUUCUUUUGCCCUGCUGCCCAAUAAGGUGAAAUGCACAAUCUAUUUAUUUCAAACAACACUGGAAGGAAAUCCAUAUAAUAAUAGUUAUUUUUGGUAUAUAAAAAAGCUGGAACACACCAUUGAUCUUUAACUUGUUUGUUUUGGAUAAUGUGUGAAAUUACCUCGUGUAUUUAAAAAAAACAGGCUUUUGAUUUCCAGUUAAGUUUUGUGGUGUUGAUGUUGUGUUUUAGACCGUUAAAAAGCAGAUUAUUGUGAAAUGCAAUAAACGGAGUGUAGUGUACUUGUGCUAAUCAUAUUGAUCAAUAAAACAGUGAGUGUCUACUAGUUUUAAAAACGUUUGGUCCAACAUUCAUUUUAGGCAAGAUGAGGUCUGCUUUUAUUUUUGGUAAUUCUGAGGGAAUUAAAAUUGUACACAUGUAUGUGUGAAUAUUGAAGCAUUUCAUGACGGGGGAACAAAAUCCACUGUGUUUUCAAUCUUUGUAAGUCCUGCAGCUCAUUCUGGCGUCAGUGUGUACAGGCUGUGUGCGCGUGCGUGGGUCUGUAUGUGUGUUAACGCCUGGCUCAUAAUGGACUGAACUUAUUUCUAAUAUCUCGAAAAAGACCUAGUUUUCGCUCUGCAACCUCAUCAGUCUGAAGGGCAUUCAAUUAGCGCUAAAGACGUGGAGCCAGUGAGGCCCUGAACGCAACACUGCACUGCCUCUGUGCGUCCUGCGUCCUGACCUCAACACAAAGCUGCAUGCCAUUCAUUUAGAGGACAUUUGCAAUGUGUUAGACCUUCUAGAUUGUUGUGAAAAUAUUCUGAAUCAUUUUGUAAGUAGCUGCCCUGCUUUUUUUUAGACUCCGCUGCACCAUGCGACUGAAGUUUUCAAAUGUAAAAAACAAAAGACAUCAAAUAAAAAAUGAAAUAAAGUGGUGGAUUGCAGAUAGAGUGACUGUUGUGCGUCAUGUUGGGGAUGGACUGAAUUUUGCUUUCAAGCUCUGCAAUGAUGCUGAUGUUGUUGUGUUGUUUACUCUGUUAUUUUUCCCAUUGCAUCUACUUGCUGUCUCCUUAUUGGGCCAGAGUGUCCAUACAAAAAAAAGCACAUUUAAAAAAUAAAUAUUAAAAUGCUGAAUGCAACGUCAUCAAUUACAGGAGGACCAACACAAGGACAGUUUAAGACUGUAGAUCUGCUGGAUUGACCCAACAACCUGACAAAAUAUCACAUGGAAUGUAUCUUAACUCAAACGUCUGUUUGGUGUUUUCUCCUUUUUUGUAUUUUGCGCAAAGGAUUGCAUGACUAAAACCCAAAGACGCGCAAGAAUUUGAUAGAUUAUUGAAAUAGUGACAUGAAUAGGCCUUAUAUAAAAUGCCUCGCGUAGUGGGGGAG